AUGGCUGUGAACUAUGUUCACUAUAUGUACGGUAUACUAUAUUUAGUACUGUAUGCUGAAUUCAAAUGCAUUGCUUGGUUACAAAUGAAAUUGAAAGAGUUUGCUAUAAGUGAAGCUAAACGCAGUGGUGGAAGAUAUGGUGCAUCACGUUAUGGUGGGUCACGAACUAGAGUUCGAUACGGUAGUUCACGUACUAGAGUUCGUUAUGGUAGUACACGAACAAGAGUUCGGUACGGAAGUUCACGGAAUAGAGUUCGUUAUGGAGGAACCAGAGUUAGAAUUCGAGCUGGAUCCAGUCCUUAUACCAGAUCAACAUUUAGUCGUGCCUUGAUGUUGGGGUAUUUAUAUGGAUCAGUUAGGUACAUGAGAACUCCACGAUAUAUACGCUAUCCUGAUCGCAUGCCUACCAUCUGUACCAACAAAUAUGAUUCCGACAGUAAUGGAACAGUAUAUGGCUAUUUUAUUUGUCCGAGAAUGGGCGAACCUGAGAACUUUGAAUAUUGCUGCGGAGAUAACCAUAGAGAAAGAUGUUGUGAAUAUUUUGAUGAAGAUGAUCAAGGAAGAACAGCUGGUAUAGUUGUAGGAGUGAUAAUAUUGAUUAUUAUUAUUGCUAUAAUUGUCUACUGUGUUUGUAAAAGGACUGGCACUGGAGGACAAGUUAUGAAAAAGUAUUCAUCCAAGAAAAAUGAUGUCCCUGUCAACAUGGUACCAGUACCCACACAGCCUCAGCCACAGAACCAUCCUGGAUCAUACCCACCUACCAAUGAUUACAACUACUCCAACACUUCAAACCAGUACACCCCUAAACCUGAAAAACCACCUAUGCCACAAGCAGACUUCAGUAAUGGAGGACAACCUUAUCCCCCUUAUGGUGCAGAUUCUUUCCCCCAAGGUAAUCAGGGUGCUUAUCCACCACCAAGCCCUUACAAUGGAAAUCAGCCCUAUCCUAAUGCAUCACCCUAUCCUCCUGGAGGAAUCCCUUACCCCAAUGCAGAUGCUUACCAACAAUCGGGAAACAACCCUUAUCCACCAGGAGACCCAUCCGCAGCCUUCAACUCAAACCCCUAUCCUCCUCCACAAGGCUAUGAUAACAAAGGGCCAGGUUACCCCAAUAGUCCCCCACCCCCUUACCCUCAAUAA